AUAUUAUUUAAAAAUUAAGCAGAGCAUAGUAGAACAUAUUUUCUUUUGAGUAGAGCAGAGCAGCUCUAAAAAACAGGGCCUAGGUCUCUUUGUAUCAACUGUCCAAAAAAAAAAAAAAAAAAAUUUGUGGAAAAAAGAAAGAAAAGGAAAAUUGAAGAAACAAGAAAGAAAAGAGACCGUGGAAAUAAGGCAAAACCUCUCCCUCUAUUUCCAUGCUCCUUGUCAUAUGCUCCUUUGAAGACUGCCUUUUUUACCCAGUUGCCCUAAUUACCCAAACCCUUCUAUUUCUCCCCUUUUUCCCCAUAAACCAAAACUCAAUUAACACAAAAAAAUCCAAAAAAUCCAGUGCACUCAACAAAAAAAAAACCCAAAAAUACUCCAAUUAAACCCCCCCAUUUUUAAAACUACCCAGAAGAACUGGGGUUAAGCUUAACAUCAAAAUUGCCAAAUACCCACAAAAAUCAAUCCAAUUUAUUAUUUGGGUUUCUAAAUUUCUUCCAUUUUUCUCCCUGUUUUCUUGAUUUUUCUGGGGUUGAAGAGAUUUACAGAGAAGAGUGGUAUGAUGUAAUGAAUGUUGGAUUAUUCAUAUUUUCUGGGGUUAUUUUACCUUCUCUUGGAUUUUUCUAAGUACCCAAAAACUUGGGCUUAAUUUCAUUGUAUUUCUUCAAUGCAAAGCUAUGAUCUUUUGCCAAAUCCCACCUUAAUUAGCCCUAACCCUCACCUUCUUGAUCCUCCUGCUAUGGAGGACACCGUAUCGUCCCCGAUCCACCGAUCUUUGGCUGAACCGGAGACUAAUGGUGAUACCCAAAAGCCUGAAACCAACAAUAACCCUGAACCCAAAGCCGAAACCGAAGCCGAAACCGAAACUGAAACCGGAACUGUAACGCAAGAGGGUAGUAACCCAAUUGAGGAUGAAAACAAGAUAGAGCUGGGUGGUAAUGAUGCUCUUAAUAAGAGCAAUAGCAAAAGUGGAAAGAAGGAUAGCACUAAUAAUAGUAAUAAUAAUGUAAUAGUUAGGAGAGAAAGGCCAACUCGAGCUUGCACGGCUCGGCCGGCUAAGUAUGUGGACCCUCCGGUGAUCGAGCGGAGGGCGAGGCCGCCGAAGAGGGAGAAAGUUGAGAAGGUGGUGGUAGAGGAGGAGGUACUUGAAGAGGAAGAUGAUGAUUUGCCAAAGGAGCAUAGUAGUAAGGUUGUAACUUCAUUGGUGAAUCCACCUACACCGGAGCAAAUGCCGCGGUGGCACUUGAGGUCUAUGUGGGAAUUGGCUUCAAUACUCAAUUUUCUCCAUUUGUUUAGGGCAGUUUUGAACAUUAAUGCUGAAUUCAGUGCUGAGGAGUUGGAGUCUGCAUUGCUUACUCCCAAUAGUACAUUGAGUGAUAUACAUAUCCCAUUGUUGAAGGCAAUUCCUCCAGUUACUCGGAUGGCUUGUGGACGUGAAACUUGGGUGACCGUGCUAUGCAGAAAGUUGCGAGACUGGUGGCAUUGGGUUGCUGAAGGAGAGUUGCCUAUAGUUGCUAAUCAUGGGGCUGAGAUUGAAAUGUACAAGACCCUUGAUCCAGCAGUGCGUGUGGUGAUCCUGAAAGCCCUGUGUGAUAUUCGAGUAGAGCAAGAUGAUAUCAGGAGUUAUAUUGAUAAUUCACUCAAACAUGGAGCUCAGCUUUCUGCAUUUCGGAAAGAGCGAAUUGGCGGUGAUUCACAUGGAACUUCGUUUUGGUAUGAAGAUGAUGAAUUUGUUGGCCAUAGGCUAUAUCGGGAGAUCAGGAAAGUUGAAAGGAAGGUUGAGAUGAAGAAGGGAAAGACUAAGGGCUCUAAUGUCCUUCCUUGCACAACUUACGAGUGGGAAACAGUGGCAACUAAUCUGGAUGAAUUCCUUGAUGUUUCUGAGAAGCUCUUCUCAAGCAAGAACAGAACAGAAGCUUCACUUGGAAAGAAGUUAAAGAACGAUAUGCUUCCUGAGAUUGAGAAGAUUUACAGGAGAAAAGAAAAAUUGCUGAAAAAGCAGCAACGCCAAGCUCUUCUUCUGGAUAAUUUUGUCAUGGAUGGGCUUGCUGGUGGCCGCUCUCUUCGUGACAGGAAACCUGUCACUUAUACAUUUGAUGAUUUCGAUCGUUCUAUCAAUGAAGCUAUCAAGACUACCAAGCGCAAACAGCCAUCUCCAGAACCUGGUGUUAAAAGGGAUGUUAUCAAACCUGAACCAUCUGCCAACGGUAGAUGGAAUGGCUCUUCACACUCCUCCCUGCAUGUGUCAUUUAGUCCCCCAUCUCCAGCUGAUUAUGAUGAAAUGGAUGUAGACCACAAUUCUGAACCAUUGGAUCGAGGUAAUCGGAGGAGACAAAGACCUCAGAGAUAUUCAGAAAAAGAUUAUGUUGAAGGGAUUUCAGACAAUGAGGAGGGAUACUUAGAUAGUGAUGACGAUAUUGUUGGGGAAGCUGUUUAUGACGAGGCAUAUAUGCAACAGCGUAAACAUAAGAAGAGAAUGACUAGCAGCUCUGAAGGUGAAGGAGAUGAGGAAUACCAAUGGAGUGAGGAAAAUGGAGAAGAUGAGGUGGAAGAAGAAGAGGAAGAAGACUUGCUGAGCAAUAGUGAUGAUAGUGACCGACCAAGAGAAAGGUUUAAGAAACCUGAGGGUCGGACUCGAAGAGGAACUAAAAUAAGGUCAGUUGAUGACCUAGACUCGGGUUUGAGGCGUAGUAAACGCGCUACGAGGAAUCGUAUAGAUUACCGGAAGUACGAGCUAUCUGAUUCUGAAACUGAGACAUCCACGAAAAACAGGAAGGUAAAUCAUGAUAGAACUGGUUAUCCGAAUUACUCGACUGAAAGUGAGGACUCUGAUGAGGAUGAUCACGAGGAAGAGCAGCUAGAAAGAGGAGUUAGUGAGUCUACUCCCAUGGAUGUUGAGAAAAGUGAAAACGGGCCCUUGCCUAAGCCUGAAAGUCCAAAGCAAGUUGAUCCUGACAGGAUUGAAGCGAGGGGAUUUCUUGACCUUAAUGAACUAGCGCCUGGUUCCGGUUUUGAUGAUGGACCCAGUGCUUUAGCAAAGGAUGAUGAUCAGAAAGGUGAGUGAUCUCAUUUUUAAAGGAUCAAGGCUAUGGAGUUUUUCCUAGUCUUUGUUUCCCAUUUUGGGUGGUUAGUUGUAUCAUAUAUGGACAUUAUGAGUUUACAGUCUAGCCCACGAAGGUCCAUGAAGGAUAUUCAGUUCUACAUUUACUGUUGGCGGAUUUUAUUCUGUGGGAUACUCGAGGGAUUCCUGUUGUGCAAUAUUACUCUGGAUUUUCUACAAGGGAGCAACACAAUGCGGAGGAAUGGUAGAUUUAUUAGUCAUUUGUCAGAGUUCGUACAUCUACAGGGUUUGAGAGAGAUGGGCAAAAUUGUUGAGAGUUUGUUCCGUGUACAAUAGCUUAACCCAACCGGUAACCAAGUUUCCUAGAUUAAGAGCCCUGUUCUUGAAUUUUUGUUGACUGGGACGACAAAAGUAUCUAUUAUCUAGUAGUAUGUAGUUGGGUUGACUAGGUUGGUUGAUAAAUUGUCUUAAAAGGGAGCUGGGAUCACCUUGUUGUAAUUCGAUUCUCCUCCCACUUAAGGGCUUAUUCUGCUGCUUCUUUUGUAACUUUAUUACGAUACUUGUAAUUCUUUGCCCUGUUGCUCCCUUUAUAACAUGCACAUAUGCUGGAAUUCCCUCACUUGCUUUCA